UCAUCCAUCAUCGAAAGAGUGUCCCUUUUUGGCCAGCCCGUGUGAAGACGAGUUUCAAUAUUGCUCCCUGGAAAAGUGAUAAAUUUCCGGUGAAACCGGCCGAUAUUCGCGCAAGCAAUCUCGAGUAAUCGCGACGGAAGUGACCGGUUUCCGGUGCGUGUAGGGUGCGGUUUAGUGACCCCCGUAAGAAGACCACAUUCCGCAUUCCGGUGGAAGCCAGUGAAAAUUUUCACUUUUCGGUGCGUGCGGCGCCCCCCUUGUCGUCAUAGUUGUCGGUGCUCAGUCGGGAAGACGAGUUUAUUCCCCACGAAAUCGGAAUUGGUCGCCGUGGAAGUGUUCUGCCGACAGGGCCACCGGAAGUGAGCGCGCCUCGUGAAAUCUCGCGCUUCAUAGAGCUGGUGCCGAGGGCUUUCCAAAGAAAAGUGUGCAAAAAUUGUCCUCCCAAAGUUGAAGAAGAAAAAAAUGUGAAGCAGCAGCGGAGGAAAAUCUGUUCCCCGUCUGGAGAGAAUUUUUCGCCAGGGCAAGUGAAGAAGAAGAAAGGCCACUAAAGUGGGAAGUGAGGCUAGUGGAAGUGCAGUAAGCGGUCCUUUUUCGGAGAAUCCGUCGUCGUCUACGCAGAGACGAAGAAGAAGAAGACAACCACAGAGAGUGAGGUUUUUUGUGGUGUUGGUGGUGAAUGUAGUUUGUUAUGUUGGGCGAGACAGCAUCACGCACACUUGAACAAAUCAUCAUCGAAUCAGUGACGAGAGACCCAGACUGAGUGCGAGAGAGAGAGAGAGAGUGAUUUGAUCGAGAUCCAACAAGUGUUGCCAAUUUGUAGAAUUGACUCGCCGGAUUUAAAGGCCUAAACACAAUCAACCACUUCGGGGAGAGGCGACGACGAACAAAACAGGACCCUCAAUGAUCUGCUUCCGGUGAACUGUUCCCAGAGUUCCCAACAUCACGCCAUUGCAGUUGCAAUUGUGCAAACGAAAGCAGCAGCAGCAUCCCGUCACUCGUCGAAAUAGUAGCAGAAUGGCAGAUGCACCAUAACAAAAGCCACCCCAAUCACCACCCAGUUGCACCCAAGUUUGUGUCCUCUGUGGGUGUGUGUGUGUGUGUGCGUGUCCGUGUGCGCGCGCCCGCCUUUAUCUAUCCGUGUGUGUACAUGUCCGUUGCGUCGUGUGGAACUGAUCCCUGUGCAAAUAAUAAAUGAAAUAUAACAAUAACGAUAAAGGAAAUAAGUAAAGGAGCAGUGCGCCCACCAGAAGCACCAAGAAAGAAACCAGAAAGAUCAUCAGCAGCAAGUCCACAUACCCACACUCGAACGGUGCUGAACUGUCCCAGUCUACCAAAGAACGGGGGAAACGGACCGGCGGGGACUUCAACUGACUAACGCUGACUCGUCUGGCUCGGAUCGGUGUUCCGUGUCUCGUGAGCAGUGAAGAAUAAAGCAGCUGGAAAAUCUACUUGUGUGACUAAUCGUGAAGAUUUUCUUUGUCAUCGCAUCGGGAGCGUGUGGGUUGUUCACGACGUUCGUCAGUUCGUGGGGGUGGUGCAUUUUUUCCACCGGAAGGCUUGGUGAGUGCUUGGUGCGGUUCGGUGGUGGAGAAAAUGCUCGCAGUUCGUCUCGUCGAGUGGUGGGUUCUAGUUCGAUGCGAAUGAGGUCGUUUGGUCGGAAUGUGCAAUAGUAGUGUUCCAAUUUGAGGCGAUCUCGAAGAGAAGAUUGGUUACUACAGCCUUUAAGGUGUGAGCUGUGAAAGUGCUAAUUGUAUAGAAAGUUCAAUUGUAAAAGUUUGCUUUAUUUAUGAAGAAAGAAGAUAUCCGAUUGGAUCGUGUCUAGGGAUUGGGGGGUUUUUUAAGCUAGAAGAGCCCGGAGUGAGCACCUAAAAGCUCAUUCCGGAAGCCGGUAUAUUCGCGUUGCGUCUGGAAGGGUUGCAAUUGCUUCGAAUUGAACGCGCGAGUGAAUGUGUUUGCCGGGGGCAUGAUAGUCCCCCCUCAUCUGGCCGCAACACUCAACAACAGUGGUGGGGGGUCUGGUGGAAGUAAUAACAAUAGUGGCAACAGCAGCAGCAGCAUUAGCACAAGCAGCAGUUUGUCCGUUACUGGAGCAGGUGGCGCGGUUACAGGAGCAGCAGCAGCACCAGGAGCGACGGCAUCAUCAUCGCUUCUAGUCAGCGGCAGCCAGGAUAGUCUGAGUGGGUUCGUACUCAGUGGGGGAGGUGGUGGAGGCGGAGGUAACGGUAACGGAAGCGGUAGUAGCGGUAGCGGCUCUAGCCGCACCGGAUCCAGCAACGGAAGCGGCCAUCGCAUACUCGCCGUCAAUCGCAACAUUGACGACCUACUGUUCGGUAGUGACUUGGACUCGUUAAUCAAUGACAAUAUCAUCAAUGGAUUCAAAUCGUUGAAAGUGGCGAAAUCGCACUCGCAGGAUAACUUGGAUUAUCAGCAGCAGCAUCGUCAUCCACAUCUACACCAUCAUCAGCAGCAACCGUUCUACCAUCAUUAUCAUUCGCAUCAGUUGCACUCAUUGCCACCAAUUCAACAGCAGCAACAGUACCAACAUCAACCGCAACAACAACCAACAUCAACAUCGUUGCAUUACUACCAUCAUCAACACCUGCAACAACAGCAGCAGCCGCAGCAACAAGUUAAUCACUGGAUAGAAUCGGAUAUCAUAACAAACAGCAAGAUGCUGACGGAUAAGGCAAAACAGAAACUAGCAGCACAAUAUGCAUCCGGAAAUGUUCCUGACUCAACGCGGCAAAGGCAUCAUGCGCCGCUUUACGGAAGACUGGUCACAGAAGAACACUUACCUGCCGCUCAUCGUGAUAUACAUCAGCGUUCGAUAAGUCCUACAUCAUCGACAGACAUUCGGGCGAUGCAAGCCCGAAUACCAUCGCAUUUUCGAGACCCAACGACGGCACCGCUGCGGAAGCUGAGCGUGGAUCUAAUCAAAACCUACAAACACAUCAAUGAGGUUUACUAUGCCAAAAAGAAACGAAGAGCUCAACAGACCCAGGGCGAGGACACGUCCCACAAGAAGGAGCGAAAGCUAUACAACGAUGGCUAUGACGACGAGAACCAUGACUACAUCAUCAAAAAUGGCGAGAAGUUUCUCGAUCGCUAUGAAAUCGAUUCACUUAUCGGCAAGGGCAGCUUCGGCCAGGUGGUGAAAGCCUACGACCACGAGGAAGAGUGCCAGGUGGCGAUAAAAAUCAUCAAAAACAAAAGACCCUUCCUCAGUCAAGCACAAAUCGAGGUGAACCUGCUGGAGAUGAUGAACCGGGCGGACGCGGAGAACAAAUACUAUAUUGUAAGGCUGAAGCGACACUUUAUGUGGCGGAAUCACCUGUGUUUAGUAUUCGAGCUGUUAUCCUAUAAUUUAUACGACUUAUUGCGCAAUACGAACUUCCGCGGGGUUUCACUGAAUCUAACGAGGAAGUUUGCCCAGCAGUUAUGUACGGCGUUAUUAUUUUUAAGUUCACAAGAAUUAAAUAUCAUACACUGUGAUUUAAAACCAGAAAAUAUAUUAUUAUGUAACCCUAAACGGUCAGCAAUUAAGAUAGUAGAUUUUGGCAGUUCAUGUCAACUAGGACAAAGGAUAUAUCAAUACAUACAAUCACGUUUCUACCGCUCGCCGGAGGUACUAUUAGGGAUACCGUACGACUUAGCAAUAGACAUGUGGUCGCUCGGGUGCAUACUGGUGGAAAUGCACACCGGUGAGCCGCUGUUUUCCGGCUCGAACGAGGCGGACCAAAUCAACAAGAUCGUCGAGGUGCUCGGGAUGCCCCCGAAGCACAUCCUCGACCAGGCGCACAAAACUCGCAAGUUCUUCGAGAAGCUCCCGGACGGGACGUACGUGCUGCGGAAAACGCAAAACCAGCGCAAGUACAAGGCACCGGGCACGCGGAAACUGCACGACAUCCUCGGCGUGGAAACGGGCGGACCGGGCGGCCGGAGGCACGGCGAACCCGGCCACAGCGUAUCCGACUAUCUUAAGUUUAAGGACCUAAUCUUAAGGAUGCUGGAUUACGAUCCGAAGACGCGCUGCACACCGUACUAUGCCUUGCAACACAACUUCUUCAAGCGGACGUCGGACGAGAGCACCAACACGGCGAACACGAUCAGCUCGCUCAGCACCAGCCCGUCGGUGAGCACGCAGGACCCCAGCAGUCACGGUCUAUCUUCGUUACAACAUCAACCUCAAUCGGUGCACCACCAGUCUCAGCAGCAGCAACAGCAACAACUUCACCCUUCAUCAGCCUCGUCGCAAUCGCAGAGCACCAGCAUGCUGUUGCUGUCGCAGGCCGCGGCAGCAGUCGGUCUCGGCGGAAGCACCACCAACAACAACAGCAACAGUCACAACUCCAGUUCCGGGCCAUCCACCAUCAGCAGUAGCAACAAUAGUAGUAGUAGCAAUAGUAAUAACACCAAUAGCACCAACAGCAGCAACCACCCGCUGGCAAUGGAUUGCGAUCCGCCCCACACGAUCCUGAACACCACAUCGUCGAAUCCCACCCACUACCAUCGGAAUCGUUACCUGCAGCAGCAACACCAACAGCAGCAGCAGCAUCCGCUACUUAGUCACAAGAGUUACGCCCCCGCAUCACUGCCAAUCGACCUGGGAGGGCUAACUCACAGUGGCUCUGUGGCAACAACAGUAACGGUUGAUCCGACGAGUUCAUCCUCAUCAACGGCGACAGCAGCGGCAUCCGCCGCGGCAGCAGCCCUCAUGUCCGGUGGUAGUAGCUUUACGAGUCAUCCCGUUGGUAUCAUCGGCGGCGGCGGCGGCGGGGGUACCAGCAGUAGCAGUAGUAGUAAUAGCGGUGGGGGAGGGGGCAGUAGGAGCCUACUGUCGCACAGCGUAUCGAAUUAUGCGCCCUUUUCGAUGAGCGAUGCCGCGCUGCUGAUGGGUCACUCCAAUGCACCUGCUGGCGGUCAUGGGAUGUUGGGAUUUGUACAGAUGGGAUCGCUCAUAGGUCCAAUCGGCGGCAGUGCUGGCAGCAGCAGCAGUAGUGGGAUUGCUGGUCCAAGCUCACUAGUCACCGGGGCUGGAGGAGGCGGCAUGGGUUUGGGCGUCGGGAGCAGCUUGACAAACGCUGGAAUGGCAGUGCUGAGUGGUAUCGGAACCGUUGGUGGAAGCAGUGGCAGCAUGGUAGGUGUUGGGAGCGGUGGCGGAGGCGGAAGCAGCAGUAGUAGUAGUAGUGCUAGUUCCAAGGGUUUGGGACGGGUGGCGGCUGCGGCGGCGGCCGCUGCAGCAGCUUCCAACGAACGGGGCGAAUCGCCGAUGGUUGGUGUUUGUGUUCAGCCUAGUCCGGUCAUUAUCCACUGACGGUCGGUGUGGCGGCGGCCAUGCGGGAAGGGCGUCAAGUACGACUAGUACGGUGUCGCGAUUUGUGCGUGCGAUAUUUAGUAGUGCGGUGCGGAUGGAAGCUGUGCGUGGUUGUCUCUGAUGUCCUUUAUCUCUUUUCCACCUCCCGUUUUGCGGAGAGGUACGUUGGUGAGAUGUGACGGUCAAUAAUGUUCCUCCGGGAUUGGCGGGAGUGGUGUUUGCAAAUUUGAAUUGGUUUUGGUUGGUUGUUCGUAAGUUCUUCUACCCAGCGACAUAGGAAAGGUAUUUUAGAAUUUAUGAAAAGUUGAACAUAUUAUUUAAUAAAAUUUACUAGGUACAAAUUGUUUGUAA